CUGCUGGCCGGCCGCGGCGGUUACGAUGCUUUGAGCUACUCUGUGGAAAAUGAUGGCAAGUGGAGCGGGAGACAGCUACUGCAAGCAAAUGAGGACAACACGACGGAAGUCCCAGGGGACGGGGGGAAGCAGAAUGUCAGAAAUUGCACUGAACCAGCUCUCCAUGAAUUCCCCAAUGACAUCUUCACGAACGAGGACAGGAGGCAUGGAGCUGUCAUCCUGCAUGUCAUUUGUGCCAUGUAUAUGUUUUAUGCUUUGGCAAUUGUCUGCGAUGAUUUCUUUGUCCCUUCAUUGGAAAAGAUUUGUGAACGCUUGCAUCUUAGUGAAGAUGUGGCUGGGGCGACUUUCAUGGCAGCUGGAAGCUCUGCUCCAGAGUUGUUUACAUCUGUCAUAGGUGUUUUUAUCACAAAAGGAGACGUAGGCGUUGGAACCAUCGUAGGCUCUGCUGUAUUUAACAUUCUCUGUAUUAUUGGUGUGUGUGGGCUGUUUGCAGGACAGGUUGUUGCACUGUCAUCAUGGAGUCUCUUGAGAGAUUCAAUCUACUAUACACUGUCUGUUGUUGCACUCAUUGUGUUUAUUUACGACGAAAAGGUUUCCUGGUGGGAGUCCUUGGUCUUGGUGCUGAUGUAUGCCAUCUACAUUGUUAUCAUGAAGUACAACUCUACCAUACAACACUGCUUGGAAAGGAAGACAAAAAACGCUGCAAACAUGGUGAACGGAUUGGCAAAUAACACGGAAAUGGAUGAUAACAGCAACUGCGAUGCCACAGUGGUGUUACUAAAGAAAGGGAAUUUCCACCGUAAAGCCUCAGUGAUCAUGGUGGAUGAGCUGCUGUCUGCUUACCCACACCAGCUUUCAUUUUCUGAGGCUGGGCUCCGGAUCAUGAUAACCAGCCACUUUCCUCCCAAAACACGUCUCUCCAUGGCCAGCCGCAUGCUCAUCAAUGAGAGACAAAGACUGAUCAACAGCAGGACUUACACCAACGGUGAAUCAGAAGUAGCAAUCAAAAUACCUAUCAAGCACGUUGUGGAGAAUGGAACAGGUCCAAGCAACUCGUCUGAGCGGGGCGUGAAUGGCACACGGCGAGACGAGGACGUGGCUGAGGCUGGCAAUGAGACAGAGAAUGAGAAUGAGGAUAAUGAGAACAAUGAAAAUGAUGAGGAAGAGGAAGAAGAUGAUGACGAUGAUGACCAUGAAGGGCCAUACACACCUUUUGACCUACCCACUGGCAAAAUGGAAAUCUUGAAGUGGCUCUUCACGUGGCCAUUGAGCUUUGUGCUGUAUUUCACAGUGCCCAACUGUAACAAACCCCACUUGGAGAAAUGGUUCAUGGUUACCUUUGCUUCUUCUACCCUCUGGAUUGCAGCUUUCUCCUACAUGAUGGUGUGGAUGGUGACAAUCAUUGGCUACACGCUGGGAAUUCCAGACGUGAUAAUGGGCAUCACUUUCUUGGCUGCAGGAACCAGCGUGCCAGACUGCAUGGCAAGCCUCAUCGUAGCAAGGCAAGGUAUGGGGGAUAUGGCCGUGUCCAACUCCAUUGGAAGCAAUGUUUUUGAUAUUUUAAUCGGCCUAGGCCUUCCGUGGGCUUUGCAGACCCUAGCAGUGAAUUAUGGAUCAUACAUUCGGUUAAACAGCAGAGGACUCAUCUAUUCUGUUGGUCUCUUGCUGGCAUCUGUUUUUGUCACAGUUUUCGGCGUGCACAUGAACAAAUGGAAACUGGAUAAGAAGCUAGGGUGCGUGUGCCUUUCCCUGUAUGGCAUCUUCCUGUGUUUCUCCAUCAUGACAGAAUUCAAUGUUUUCACUUUUGUGAACUUGCCCAUGUGCAGAGAUCACUAACGCACAUUGCAGACUGUCAGGAGGGACGUCCUUCUUACCUGUGCAAUACAAACCACGGCUGGCAUCUCCUGAAAGCGGUGCACCUCCAAGUCGUGAAGUAUAUCCUGUCCAUAGGACCUGUGCCCCAUCUCGGUUUACCCUCUCCCCGACCCCCACAACCUGGAAAAAAAAUCCUGCAUCGAUGUGAAGAUGAUAUUUUUUCUUUUUUCUUUUUUUUCUUUUUUUUUUCAACAUUCAUGUGAUUUCUUAGCUCAGUUUUUGGACAGUGACUGGUCUCUAGAUGAACUGGCUGCUAACUGGCAUCAAGCCAGGCAAAACUGGUCUGCUACAAUUCCUUUUUUAAGUUAUUUGAUGGAAGACUAAUCUAAUUUAUGUCUUAAGACUAUUGCUACAAUGCAGAAGAGGGUACAUCAUACAGGGGCUGAUUUUCGAGGAGAAUUCUGGGAUUUUUUUGGUUGUGUUUUUCUUUUUUUUUUUUCUUGUUGUUGUUGUUUGUUUUGGUUGUGGUUUUUUAUUGCCUGAGAUCAACAUCCUGUGUUGCAGCUUCUCCUUCUGAGCUCUGGGUCUCCUGUAACGAUCCAGAAGUCACAGGGCAGUGUAAUAUGGGAAUUUAAUUCAAGGUACUCAACAUACGAGUGGAUUGACUGCUUAUUCAGAGAAGACUGUCAAGGCAACAGACAGUGACUGCACCGUCAAUCACGAAUCCUGUACAGGUGUGAUGAGGAAUGGAAGGUAAACACGGACUUCAAGGAUAAACACUGCUACUAUUUUGUUAUUGAUGUCGGCGUUUUAUUAAUAGGGUGUUUGUGGUAUUUCCAAGCAAUAGUUUGAUUGCCAGCCCAGCAGGGCUACCGAGGAGACGUCCUGUUUUUCUGUCAUCUACACCUGGAAACGGAAGGUCAGAACUUUAUUUGCUUCAUCAGAUUUCUUGUAGCUUUGGGGGGAUUCUAUAGUUCACGUCUUAUUUGUUCUGAGGACAUCAGUACGUGUCAAAACUUUUCUAAAUGAGUUACAGACACUGGUUUCUUUAAAAGGAAAGAGGCGUAUUUUGCACAGACACAGUUACUGAAGUCAUUGUUUGCCACUCUUUAAAGAAUACACUGGACCUGGCCAGAUAUUUGUCUUUUUCUUAAACAGUUGAACUUCUCUGAUGGCAGAUCAUGUGGAUUCGUCACACCUCCUCUGGGAGGGAAGAAGAUGGAGAGAGAGAUGGCACUUUUAAAAUGUGUAAUAUCUACAACGCAGACUCGCUCACAGAUCUUAAGUUAUUGUGAAAAUUUAGCUAUUCAUUGUUCCAGUAUCCUUGCUAGAUUUUGUAUAAUUCUGUAUUAAUACACAGGCAGAUCCAACCCCAUCAGGAACACUAUCACGGCUACAUUUGUUUGUAUUGAUACUGUGGAUUCUUGCCAGCGCUGGCUGUUGUAUUUACUUUAAGCACUGAUCACUUCUGAUUCAUUUUUUCCCCGUUCUUGUAUAUGUUCUACUACAAGUGUGUUAAUAUAAUACCAACUAGAUGAAUGUUUUUGUCUAUGGUACAAGCAAUGGCAAAUAUUGGUAAUAAAGACAUAGCAAACCCUAGUUUUAAGAAAAAAAACAUGAAACGAAACCAUAGAACCCUCCUAAACCUUACCAAAAAAAAAAACAGCUUAAAGCUAAACUUAAAAAAAAAAAACCCGUCCUAUGCACAAUGAUAAAUCCAGCUAUCAAUUUGUUUUCACUUUUGGACAUUUGUUUUUGCUUACUUUUCUUUGGAACAGAAUGAUGUAAAUCAAAGUAUUUACACCCUGUGGCUUCCAUUCAGCUCUGCACCUUCUUUUCUUUCUUGGUUAUGCUAAAUGCGUGGAUCCUUUGGCAGCCAUUGCACUGUGCCCAUUGGAGAAGUCCAUCAGAAAAAGCCAUGACCUGCUGCCCUCAGCAAAUAACGCAUACUUGUGGAUCCCUGGCAAGAAGAUGGGUGGGCCCAGGGACAGAGAUCAGAGCCAUUGGCAUGCCUGUGUUAUCAUUGCUAAUUCUGGAAAAUAGUUGUCUUGCUACUUGUUGAGCCAUGCAGCCUGUUGUUGGAGCAGUCUUCUCAUAAGUGUGCCCAUGUUAGGAAGCCCAUUGUACCUUCUUGUUGCUUUUUUUGUGUGUGUGUGUGGUUGUUUCUUUCCUUCUUUGUUAAUGAGAUUAAUAAUAACCACUAAAAUGCCUAAAAUACUUCCUCAAAUGCAACAACGUUAGCAACGAUGUGGCACAUUUCAGUAAAAUCCACCCCACGAAUACACAGCUAUACUCCUUGUAGCAGGAUGCAGUUGUUUGGAAGCAGAGUGUUUUCCUUGCUGACAGAAGGAACAGAUUUGGGGGAAAACAAAACAAAAGUUCCACGUCAGGGCCUACGGGGCCUAUUAUUACUUCUAUUUUGAGUAUUUAUACUGCUGCUCCAAUGGAGCCAGUUGGAUCUAUUUCUACGAAAUAGCUGUUACCUAUCCCACGGCACAAAAACCGCAGGAGUAUUUUUUUAGGAGCCUUUCCUACUGGUGUGCAUUAAAUACUGUAGCGUCUCAUAGCUUUGUGUUGCGCGUGAAACCUGACAUUUGUUUUGAAGCUUGUGCAUUGAGCAGGGAUGUUCUGCCAGCUGUUUGCUCUGAGCAGAAGCAGAAGGUAUGUUGGACUGCCGGUAUCUGUGCCAUAAACGACAUGAUAAGCACUUCCUGUGCUGAUAGUUCCAGAGAGAUGCGCUUACGAUUUGCAACCAGAUCGACCAGUGCAGACCUGGUUUGGAACAGAAAAGACCAACUGAAUGUUUUUUUGUCUCCACAGAGGAGAGCCUGUCCCGUUUGUUAGCUUGUGGAAAAGUCCCCAAAGCAAAAACUUAGGCGAUUUUUGUAGCGUCCACCCAGAACUCAGACAGUUCUACUGCCACGUAGGGUGUGUUAAUAGCUUUACUUGAUGGAGCAGAGGGGCUCUUUCCCUCCCGAGAUGCAGGCUGUGUGGGGGAAGCUGCCGCUCGGCCACAGGCACAGAGCACCUCAGUGACUGCCCACAUGGGGCAGGGAGGUUAUGGCAGCAGUGCCGUGGGCUUGGGGCACUGGGCUCAGGUGUGGUUCGGAACGCAGCAGUGAUUCGGAUUCACUUUUUGCUCUUCCAAAAGCAAGGGUCAGCUUUAAGCUUGAGGCCGCUCUGGUCUUGGGACCAGUCAGGUGUUUCUGGUUCCAUUGCUGGCGGUUUCAGGCAAUCCUUAGUGAAUGUUUCAAAGGGAGAUGAAAGAGCCUUUUCCUCAGCUCGCUCCAACCUGAUUUUGUCCCAGCUGGUGUCAAAAUGUGACCCCUCAUGCUCAGCAUGACGGUGCCUUCCUUGCACGGUGGUUCAAAGGUAGAAUGACACGGGGGGAGGUCUUAAGGCAUGCAGAAACUGCUUUUGUCCCUACCAAAGCUGAAUUAUGAUCGUGUUUUGUCUUUUUUGACACACUGCACUUUUUGGUAGAUCGUUACUGCUGUAGGAACACCAAUCUGAAGCGUGUGCAUGAGAAGAGAUUCUCACUGAUGUAAUUGGUGUUUCGUUUUGGGUUUUUUUUUCCCCUCUGUGUUUACACUUGCCUGCCUUGUUUUCAGCUUCCUGUCCACAGCUACGUCAUCGAAAUUAAUUACCAUGCUUUGGAUUUGUGAUGUUUGUGCCUGUGAAAACGAAUGCUCAUCCUUACCGUUCAAGAUGCAUGACUGGCUUUUUGUUUUAUCUUAAGAACAAGCAGUCUUUUAGAACGGCAACAUUCAGUGUAGCUGGAGCAACCUGAGGGUAACAUUUACUAUUCUGCUGUCAGACGAGCAAUUUUUGUAUGAUCUUUCCAAAUAACCACAUUAAUGCUUAUAAGACACAAUGCAGACUGAAUAUUGUUGGAUAGCCUUUGAGAGAAUGCUAACUUUCUGCUGACUGACAAAUGUUUGUUAUUUAAUUAUUUUUUUAAAGCCCUGAUGGCUUUCAAUGAAGCUUGCUGAGAUGCAGAAGCGUCAGGUGUAUCUGUUUCAAAGUUUUAGUACUGGAAAGUUAAAGCUGUUUAAAUAUGUACUUUAAAACUCAGUCUCAAUGGACCCUGCGUAGCUGGAUUGAAAACUGCUCUGUAUUCGUGGCACUGCACUUGGUCAGCAACCAAUGUAGGUUGUGCUAAAACAGAGUUAAGCCCAGGGACAUCGGCCCAUGUUAUGUUUUGUACAGAUUUAUCCACGUGGGUUCAAAGCCCUGUUUUUAAGGAACGUAUACACAAGACCUCAGCCACUUUUCUUCAAAUUAGAGGAGUGAGUGUCCCAAGUAUAAUGCAAGCCUUAAAGUAAGAUUGAGUGAAAACUGACCUCUACUGAAAGUAACAACAAAACUCCAAUGAUUUAUUUCAGGGUCAAUAUACAUAUUCACAGCAGUAAGUCCUGAAAAGGACUGUUGUUCUGUGUCUUUGUAAAGAUGAAUGAACUCUUUGUUUUCUUUUUGGAAUAGAUGAAUGAAUACCUAUUAAUGGCUAGACACCUCUGAGGAGAUCUAUGUGAAUAUUCUGUUCGUAGCAAGCCUUUAAUGGCCUCUCAUUUGAAGCAUAUUUUGUAGGUGCAUCAACUUCCACCCAGCCUCCUCUGACUUGUUGGACUGAAUCUCCAGAAUCCAUAUCAGGUGUGGGCAAAUCCAUGCCUUAUGGAAAAGUUUUCUUUAUUCACGGGAAAGCAAUCAGGGAAGAUAAUAGCAAUUUCUUUCAUUGAACACCAGCAGAUAAAAUUUGGUUCUAAAAUCUAUAGUUUACCACCCUGAAUAAGCCUGAGAUCAUGGCCAAGUUGUCAAAGCUAAAUAUCCCCAGUGAAGGGACGAGAAAACAAGACCUAGAGGGAACAUUCGAGGGAACUGGGAUUGUUUUAUGUGGAGGAGGGUGAGGGGAGAUCUCAUCACUCUUUAUAACUACCAGAAAGGAGGUUGUAGAGGGCUCACUUCUCAGGUGACAACUGGUAGGACAUGAGGAAGCAGACUCAGCUUGUGCCAGGUGAGAUUAGAUUAGAGACCACGCAAAAGGUGGUGAGGAACAGGCUGCUCAGGGAGGUGGAGUCCCUGGCAGUGAGAGAUGUGUGGACAUGGUGCUUAGGUACGUGGUUUAGCUGCAGACUUGGUAACGUCAGGUGAUGGUUGGAUCUGAUCAUCUUCUGCCUGUGUCUUUCCCAACCUAAAUGAUUCUAUGGAAUGGUUGUGGUUUAACCCAGCAAGCAGCUAAACGCCACACAGCCUCUCGCUCCCUGCCUCCCAGUGAGAUGGCCAAAUUCCAGCCAGUCCCUGAGCAGUGGCUGCCCCCGACCAGCUCUUAGUCUUAUAGGCUUCUCACACGAUGCCAUAUGGUGUGGAAUGUCCCUUUGGCCAGUUUAGGUCAGCUGUCCUGGUUCUGUCCCAUCCCAGCUUCUUGUGCUCUCCAGCCUCCUUUGCUGACAGGACAGUACUGAAAAACUGAAAUAUCUGUGGCUCUGUACAGCUCUGCUCAGCAACAAGUAAACCUCAGUGUGCUACCAAGAUUGUUUUUCUCCUAAAACCAAAUCAGCCCCAUAACAGGCACUAUGAAGAAAAUCUGCUCUGUCCCAGCUGAAACCAGGGCAGAAACUAGGGCAGAAGCAUCUGAUUUCAGGGAAGCCUCUUAAAAAGCACAACUUGUGUAAAGCUCCAGAUUUUGUAAUGUCUUUAUGUAGUUAAAUUUAUUGUGGUAUAUUUUAGGUAAUUUUUGUUUUUCUAAUAGCCUCGUGGAACAGGUUUUAAUACUUCCACACUGAAACAAUCUGACGGCCGUCCUGUCAAUGUAAUCUUCAUUCAUCAGGUAGAGUUUAAAUGGUGCCAGAAAUCGGCAUAGGAAUUUUAUAUCAACAGUUGCACGUCAACUUUUUCUUGCCAGGUGCAGGAAACAAAGUGUAACGGUGCAUGCCUGAACCUAUGAGGACAGUGGUAGCUGAUGAUGGAUUAAUUCAGAUAUUGAGCUUUUGCCUUUGAGGUUUCCCAUCAGCACAUCUGGCAGAUAAGGCAGGCAGCUUGGCUUCCCAGCAAAAUAAUUCCCACUGCUGGAUGUUUCAUUAAUCUGAUCUCAUGCUAUAAUGAAGGAAGGGGCCUGCUGGUACCCCCCUUUGUCAAUGAAACACUGGAGACCUGCUUAACUCGAAACUCAUGCUUCGUGCAGAAGUCUGUGUAUUGAAAGAUAAGCACACGCUGAAGUGUUUCAAUGCAAAGUUCAUUUUAAUGAAUCCAGCUCUUUGGCAUCGCCAUUAAGUGCUCAGCAAAAGCAGCACUUACUCAGAGUGAAGGCUCUCAUCAGGAGCAGCUGCAGCAAAAUGUUCCCAUUUGAAGAGGCCGGCAGGUGAAAUUGUGUGUGAUUAAUGAGCAGAUAACUCUGAUGAGGAGGGCCUGUAUCAAACGUGCCUUGGAUUAAAAUAAAGAAAGUGACUUUGAAAAGUCUGUAAAACUUCUAUAAACUGUUCGCUAGCAGGCUGCUACUGAGAAGAUUUUUAUUACUGAUGCAGUUUAGGAAAGUAGAUCUGGGGGCACAAAGAGUGUGGUUGCCUCCAGGGCCUUCCUAUGUGAACACAGUUGUGCUGUUGACUGCUCUUGAGCAAGCACUCGAAAUUAAGUUGGAAACUGUGCUGCAAAAACAUGCUUUAUAUCCUGACUUUGAGUCCUGCUCAAAGUCACAACAACAAACAGGUGUUUGUUUGGGUGGGAACAUCUGUCUGGGACCAGGACACUGUAUGGGAGGACUUGUGAUAGAGAUGAGAUGCACAGGUAUUGUAUAGAUGUUGGGAGGUGGGAUGAAGUCUUUUUCAAGGGUCAACAAUCCCGUAAACCCAACAGCCUGCUAGUUUGCUUAGGAUUUUGGUUUGCUCCUUUUGUUACAAGGAUUCAGGAUUUCGCUUCCCCUCUCAAAAGUUGAAACCCUUUGCCUUUGAAGCUGACCCCUGUCCUGCUUCCCUAACACAAAAUUGGCACCCUGGGCUAACAGAAAUAGGGUGUAGUUUUUGACCUGGUAAAUCGAUGGGAGAAAAUGCGAGGAGAUCUUUGUGUGGCAUAUGGUUGAACUUGAACCUCCAGACUGCAAGACAGAGUCAGCCUACGGUCUGCCCUACAAUGCCCCACACCACCAAAAUAGCCAAAUAGUGGGGCAGGGAAGACUUUUAAUAGGAUGCCUUCUAAAAGGCUCUUCAAAGGGAACUGUGUGUGUGAGGAUAUUGUAUAUCUUCAGUGCCCUCGUUACUUACUGGCUUACAAAUACACAGUACUCACCCUGCCAGCUGCAAAAAUGAAUGAAAUGGAUACAGCCCUGUUUAAUUUCUGUUAUGGAGUGAAACUCAUCAUGCACUAAACAUAACUGAGCUGAGUAGGUGGUUGUAUGUAGGUCGCUCUGAAAGUAAUGCUUCCUAUUUAUUCCCAUGGAAACUGUAACAAGGAGUACGAUAACGCUGUUGGAUAGAGCACAUUCUCAGCUACGAAAUGCUAUUUUUCAACAUUGUCACCAUUAGCUGUGCAUCUUCACCAGUGAUAAACAAGAACCUGUAGGCCACACUCAUAAAAAUCUGCACCAGUGGAAGUGACCACUGUUGCUGGCACCACUGCUGACGUGCACCACCCAACCCUCACUGUGCUCACAGCCACUGCUUGGCUGCCAUCGACAUUCAGGAAGUGUUGAUGAAUGUCAGUGGUGCCAUUUUUUCCACAUGGAGGAAUUCGGUGACACCUUGGCUUCAUCCCUGCUUCCAUGCCAGACGCCGCUCUGUCAGGCUGCCCCUGUGCUGCCAUCUGUCACACGGCAACAACAUGCAAUGGGGCAUUGGUGGCAAGGUUCAAUCUCUACUGCCGUCCCACCAACAUCUGCCUCUGACAUCAUGGGACAGCACGGUGAAAUAGGAGGCAUUACUUUCAGAGCAACCCUCAUAGAUACGAGCUGGGUGUGUUUUAUGGAGCCAAACUACAGUAUACUGUUUUUUGUUAAGAGAAUCAGUCAUAAGUUCAUGUAAUUUUUAUUGGUGGAUCUGGGGCCUCGUUUUUUUCUUAA